GCCGUACCUGUAAAAGUUUUGCCACGCAACAGUACAUAUGGUUGCUGUUAUAGCAGCUACAUUGCUAGUUACAACCGGGGCAGCUCCAUAGUAACAUUCGAACGUUGACCAACUACUGGGUGCACGGAAAGCGCACGCAGACGUUUUUUGCCCCUACUGCAGCAAGAACAAUAGCAAACGCCUACUAUGAGUACAUGAUGAAACAAAAGUCUGCGACCGUGGCCGCAGCAAAAAUAGCGCUUUGAGCGUCGCACGCACUGAGACCAUUCGGAGCCACGAUCGAAAGAGAGCAUCGUGAAAUAGUGUCGCCACACGUUGACAACACCGCGUUCGACAAGCAAAAACACGCCUCGUGGCAGCAGAGCGUGAGCUCACCGGACAAAGGAUAACCAAUACAGUAUUUUGGCUACGUGCUUAGAACAUGUGGAUUAAGUUGGUGGCCGCUGUAAUUUUCCUAAAUGCACAUACGGCAUGGGCUAACUGGGAGCAGUGGUGGACGUAUGACGGGAUCUCUGGACCCGAUUUUUGGGGUCUACUCAAUCCUGAUUGGCAUCUAUGCAGUCGUGGGAGGGCUCAGUCACCUAUUGAUUUAGAUCCACAACAGCUGCUCUUCGAUCCUCGCCUUAAGCCCUUCGUCAUGGAUCCGGUCAAGGUGAGUGGAAUACUGCUAAACACGGGGCACGAUAUUGUUCUCAAAUUGAACGAUACCCCCAAAGUGAAUAUUAGUGGAGGCCCGUUGUCAUACCAAUACACUCUUAGUGAGGUGCACAUUCACUAUGGCAAUCACGACGAACAUGGGUCAGAGCAUACAAUUGCUGGCAAGCAUUUUCCUGCAGAGAUCCAGUUUCUCGGAUACAACUCAGAGCUACAUUCGAAUCUGAGUGAGGCUAUUGAGCUUCGUGAGAGCAGCGGACUCAUCGCCAUCGCUGUGCUCGUGCAGCUGGCAAACCAAUCGCAUCCCGACUUUCGCUUCAUCACCAGUCAAUUACAUAAAAUUACCUAUCGAGACCAAGAAACGACACUCGAGGAUUUCGAGAUUGAAAAGUUGAUGCCAUCAACGGAAGAAUAUAUGACAUAUGCCGGCUCACUAUCACAGCCCGGCUGUGUCGAGAGCGUGCGUUGGCUAGUCAUGAAUAAGGCUUUGCAGGUGUCCAAACAGCAGCUGUAUCUACUGCGCAAGUUGAUGCAGGGCGACCAGGACAACCCUAAAGCACCGCUAUGGAACAAUCGUCGGCCCCGACAGCCGCUCAAUAACCGGGUCGUUUAUACUAACAUCGAUUUCAAGCGGGCUAAGGAGGGCAGGUGUCCUACAAUGCACAAAAACAUGUACUACACAGCUAACCCGCGCAAUUUUCAGGACGACCUUAGCAUGUAUUGAGGACUGACAUGCGGCGAGAACAUGACAAGAUGACUGAAUGGUUUCGCAGUAGCCAUUGCUACUAUCUGGAGUGAAUGAAAGAUUACCGUAGUUUCGAAUAGCGAAAUAAGACAACGGUCAUAUUCGAACAGUCAUACGAUUCCUUAGAUAACUUUAUAUAGUGUGGUUGUUUCAAGGUUGAGCACAUUGUGCGGGGCAAAGAGAACUGAGGUUCAGUUCAAAGAUAGGGCGAGAGAUCGAUCCUCUGUUAAAGUACAACUCGACCUGGCCACUUGGUCAACCUGAGCAGUGACACGCAUGUGUCAGCUGCCUGCAUUUAAACAUUGUGACUGUAGCCAUAUUUACCCGUUUGUGGCUAGUGAGAUCGUGGAGCCGUACUCCGACUUGUGCUAUAACAAAAACAGUGACAAUGGCAAUAGAAUGCAUUUGGCAUGCGGCGAGCCUCCAUUACUAUAAGAACAGCGCAGAGAACAGACUGUACGUGUA